AUGCCUCCUCGCAAAGGUAUCGUCAAGUCUGGGAAUGCGGGCAACUCGUCCAAACCCGCUCCGAAAGCUCAACCACCAACCGACUCCAAUGCUCCUCAACUAGACGGCCAGCCGUUGUUUCCUCCAGGUUAUAAGUAUCCUCUCAGCGUUCUGCAUGAAAAGUGCCAGAAGGAAGGUUGGGAGAAACCUAUUGUGGACACUAGGAAGAACUCAGAAGGUUUCUCCUUUGUUGUAACACUGAGCAAGAUCAACAAGAAGAGUGGGCAGAAGGAAUCUGUUCGUUUCGAGCCUCAUCCGCCCUACAUCGCUCCCAGCGCCAUUGAAGCCAGACACUGGGGAGCCACAUAUGCCUUAUAUCGUUUCUGCAACGGUUACCCUCUUAAUCGUAUUCUUCCUCCUGGACCAAGGCAAUAUUGGGACACGCUCGCCCAAGAGCACAAUCGCUGUCCUGAACACCAGAAGUGGAUGUAUGCAGCUGAUCCAUUUGCAGCCAAAAAAGAAGUCGAACAGCGCCAAGCUCAGGCUCUCAAAAAACGUGAAGAGCCCAAAACCUCCACAACAAUCGAACAAACCAUUCGAGGCUCAGCUCCCCGGGUACCUGCACCGUCUGGUGAAUUUGCGAAAGCGCCAGAGGUCAAAAUGGCUGGUACACUUCGUGAAAUUGCAGAGGAUGCAGUCAAACAGGCUUUGGCACUAUAUCCUGAAGCUGCGGAUGUAGCCCCAUCUGUCCUCUCGGAUGACGAUGCGCCACAAGUCAACCAGCAACUGCUCACGCUAGGUUUCAAUGCCAUCCAAGCCCGAAGCGCCAUCACAUUCUUGUCCAAUCCUUCUCCGAUGGCGAUCAACCUUAUGAGCUCACAUGCUCCUCUCGAAGCAGCCAUCGAAUACCUCAUCCUACAUCUUCCAGAAUGCGACCUUCCUGAUAGAUUUUUGCCCAACGCGAAUUCGUCUAACACCUUCAUUACCUCCACGCACUCUGGUGCUGACGAUCUCAAGCGUCGUUGGGUCGAGGAAAAGGCAUCAAAGGAAGCUGGAUGGCCGGUCCACAUCGUCAAGACUUGUCUAGACCAAGACUCGUCCCUUAUCGAAAACUGGGACACGCUUUUGGUCACAUUAGGCUACAAACUCAUCGGAAAAGACAUGCCUUCGACUGCAGUGUCAGAGCCUUAUCAGAUCGAUAUGGAUGAGCUGGAUGCCAUGGGUGCCUCUCUCGAAGACUCGACUAACUUGUUAAUGCCGUUGUUUAGUGGACCAAUCACGCUGCACGUGAUCGUGUCCGCUGAGAAACAGUACCCUCGUCCAGACUUUGCGCCAUUAUCCCUUACUUCCACCACCGUUCCUGCAUAUGUUCGUCUGCAUAUGGUUGCACAAUUGCUUACCGAGAUGGAGAAUGAUGACUUCAUCCAACCUGGUGAAGGAUUUUGCAUGGCCGCCAUGAGAGUUUUGGAGGAUGCUUGGGCAGAGAUUGAAAAUAAUGGACCACCCGACAUGGACGUUAUCCUGCGGAAUAUCAUCCCUCUCGCGGAAGGGCAGGAAUUCGAUUUCGACCAUAGCAUCAAGAUGUCGACAAAUUCACGGCAACAGAAGGUGACUAGUGGUGGUCCUAGACGCGAUGGGCGAUCAGGCGCUGACAUCAAAACGACUUUCGAAACUUUGUGCGCAGGGUCAAAGUACCAAGACAUGCUGUCGACUAGGAAAAAACUUCCUGCGUUCUCGGCCAAGGACGAAUUUUUGCAACUCUUGCAUAAAAAUCGCGUAGUAGUCGUGGUCGGCGAAACGGGCUGCGGUAAAACCACUCAGCUGCCUCAGUUCAUCUUAGACGACCUGAUUUUGUCUGGCAAUGGGUCUGCUGCGUCAAUCCUCGUUACCCAACCCAGGCGUCUCUCUGCCAUUUCAGUCGCAGCUCGAGUAUCUGCAGAACGAAUCGAGGAUGGUUCGGUCGGAUACGCUAUCCGGGGUGAAAGUAAACAGUCGAAGGAAACAAAACUGCUGUUUUGCACUACUGGAGUUGUCCUACGGCGACUUGGUUCUGGAGAUUCAUUAGAGCACGUGACCCACGUUGUGGUCGACGAAGUGCACGAACGCUCGCUGGACGGAGACUUCCUUCUCCUGGAACUACGAGAACUUCUCAACAGGCACCCUUCCCUCAAAGUUGUUUUGAUGAGUGCUACCAUAAACCAUGAAACUUUUAUUCAAUACUUCGGGGGCGCGCCGCUGCUAACGAUUCCUGGAUUCACACAUCCCGUCCAAGACAUUUACCUUGAAGACAUCGUACCACUUAUCAAGUAUCGUCCCUCUGCCUCCAAAUACUCUCGCAAAGAAAGCGCCGAAACUUUGAACGCUUUUCGUGAAGAGCAGAAAGCAAAGGGCUUAGAUGAUGCCACCAUAUCAGCAAUUCAAACUAUCAGCCGUUCUGACCGUCUUGACUACAAGCUCAUCGCAGAGGUCGUCCGCCACAUUAUCACCACUCCUAAUAACAAGCGGGGUGGUAUUUUGAUCUUUUUGCCUGGUGUCCCCGAGAUUCGACAAUGCAUCGAUGCUAUGAGGAGCACUCUUCCCAGCGGUCAAGCCGAUAUAUUCCCACUGCACGCAAAUCUUUCAAGUGACGAACAACGGCGCGUUUUUCCUCGUUCCUCAAAGUGGAAAGUCAUCGCUGCUACGAAUGUGGCGGAAACAUCGAUCACUAUUGACGACGUUAUCUACGUGGUCGAUGCUGGCAAGGUCAAAGAAACACAAUACGACACGGAGACUGGAAUGUCUCGUCUUGUUGAGAUUUACAUAACUCGAGCUGCAGGUCGCCAGAGACGUGGACGCGCGGGGCGAACGCAACCAGGGUUCUGUUAUAAACUGUACACUCGCCAGGAAGAGACAAAUAUGCGUAAAUUUCCUGUCCCCGAAAUACUGCGCGUUCCUUUGGAGAGUAUCUCGUUGACAGUCAAGGUUAUGCGAGAAGCCGAGGACGUCAAGUUAUUCUUGUCGCGAGCCAUUGACCCGCCGGCAGUUGUGGCUAUGGAAGCGGCUUGGACGGUCCUCGAAGAAUUAGGCGCCGUAGACUUGCAAGGAAAAUUGACUCCUCUUGGAAGACAUAUGUCCUCUCUUCCUGUUGAUUUGCGUCUCGCGAAGAUGCUCGUGCUGGGAACAGUGUUCCAAUGUCUGGAUCCGGUGCUGACUAUCGCUGCAUGUCUAUCCUCCAAGCCACUCUUCCUCAGCCCGACUGACAAGAAAGAAGAAGCCUCGCAAGCGCGUUUACGUUUCGCAACCGCAGGAAGCGACCUCUUGACCGACCUUAAUGCUUAUACUGCGUGUGUGGAUCUCCGAUCCCAGGGCAAAUCGAACCACGCCGUUGCCGAUUUUUGUGAGGAGAACUUCGUGUCCCAAACCACGAUUCGGGAUAUCACGACUCUUCGAAAUGAUUUCAUUGGCUCGCUGGCAGAUAUUGGAUUCAUACCUCUUCAUUCCAAGGCGACCGAUGCCAGCCUCAACGCCAACAGCGGGAAUACGAAUCUAAUCAAAGCUGUCGUCCUUGGAGGUCUUUGGCCACGUAUUGUCCGAGUACACCUCCCGCAGUCCGCUAUCAAGUUCGACCGUGUUUCCGCGGGGACUGUCCAGCGGGAAAAUCUCGCCAAGGAGUUUAGAAUGUACGAUAUUCGAAGCAGCGCCGGCGGUGGCGGUCCAGGCAAAAAACCAGGAACAGGCGACAAUCGAGUGUUCUUGCAUCCUCAGAGCAUUCUUUUCGACGUUGCCUCCUGGAAAUCGCCAUUCCUCGUUUAUUUCAACAAGCAUCAGACGAGUAAAGUCUUCCUCCGCGACGCUACCGAGGUGCCGCUAUAUGCUAUCCUGCUAUUCGGAGGACCGGUUUUGGUCAACCAUAUUGCUGGUGGACUUACGGUCGGAGCUAAAGGCGCUUUCAUUCACCUUCGCGCAUGGCCCCGUAUCGGGGUUCUAGUCAACCAACUCCGGAAGCUGUUGGAUGUGCAGCUUCAGCGUUGCGUUGAAGAGGGUGCAAUGCUCAACACUGGCGGCGACAAUCCUGUUGUUCAAGCGAUGUUGGCCUUGCUCGCCAACGAUGGGCUUAGUGAAUGA